AUGUCAGAGGAGGUGAAACCAGAGAGCAUGCCUUUGUGUCCUGUGAGCACAGCAGCCAAUUCCGAGCGGGAGCUGCUCUGUAUCUUUGGGACGGGGGACUUGGGGCGCUCCCUGGGUCAGCGUCUACUCCAGUCUGGCUACAGGUUGGUGUACGGCAGCCGGAGACCUCACAGCUGUGGCCCCCUGCCUCCAGGAGCUCAGGUUCUGAGUCACGAGGCAGCAGCACAGUCAGCCAGCCUGAUCUUUAUUUGUGUUCACAGAGAGCAUUAUGACUUCCUGGAGUCUCUUGCUCCUCAGCUCAAGGAGAAGGUGGUGGUGGACGUGAGCAACAAUCUCAAGAAGAACCUGUACCCAGAUGCCAACGCUGAGUAUCUGCAGAGAUUGAUCCCUGGAGCUCAUGUGGUGAAAGCUUUUAACACCUUGUCUGCUUGGACUCUUCAAAAUGGACCAUUAGAUGCCAAUAGACAGGUGUACCUGUGUGGGAACAGUAGUGAGACUAAGCAGGCUGUGGCAGACAUCGCUACCAAACUGGGCUUCACUGUUCUGGAUAGAGGGUCUCUGUCUGCAGCCAGAGAGCUGGAGGACUUCCCCCUGCAGCUGUUCCCAAAAUGGAGGCUGCCCAUUCGUCUGGCCUUUGGGCUCACCGCCUUCUUCUUCUUCUAUCUGGUCAUCAGAGAUGUCGUCUAUGCAUAUGUUGAACAGAGGAAAGACAUCUCCUUCAGAAUCAUGGUGUCCUUGGCCAACAAGGUGUUUCCCAUUGUGUCACUCAUUAUGCUCUCUCUUUGCUAUCUGCCUGGAGUCAUAGCUGCUUUCCUGCAGCUUUACAGAGGAACCAAAUACAAACGUUUCCCUGACUGGUUGGACCGAUGGAUGCUUUGCAGGAAACAGAUGGGUCUGUUAGCCCUAGCCUUUGCUUCCCUACAUGUGUUGUACACAUUAAUCAUCCCUAUAAGAUAUUACGUGAGAUAUAAACUCGCAGCAAAUACUAUUUCACAGAUCAGGGAGAACAAAACAUCUGAAUUUGACACAACCAUGGCCUGGCGAACCGACUCUUACUACGCAAUGGGAAUCUUAGGAUUUGGCCUUUAUCUCCUGUUGGGAAUAACUUCUCUCCCCUCUGUCAGCAAUGCACUUAGCUGGAGAGAGUUCAGCUUCAUUCAGUCCAAGUUGGGAUUUCUGACAUUGUUCAUCUGCACCUUUCACACCUACCUGUAUGGUUGGGACAAAUUCCUUCAUCAGUACAAAUGGUAUACUCCACCUGGCUACAUGCUCUGCCUGGUAGUGCCUUCAGUUGUGCUGCUUCUCAAGCUGCUGCUUCUUCUGCCCUGCGUGGAUAAAAGCCUGACUCGCAUCCGACAGGGCUGGGAGAGGAAUGAUCUUGAGGAUGUCACCAGGAAGUCCUUGCUAACGUAG